AAGGCAAUGCCCUGAAACUCUCCAGAUGACUACGACAGAACAACGCAAAUCCGCAUUCAUUUGUUGCCUUUAUUCUCCAUAGCGCCUUUAAAAGCUCGUGUAGUUCGACAGAGCCGUUUCUGAUGAGGUUUCACUUUUAACUUAUGAACACCUACAUGUUUAAGAAUGACAAAACAAGCGCCAGAGGCAGACAGACGUUUCAACGCGCCUCUCUCCCGCUCUCCUCCCCGCCGCCGGCGCACGGCCCCGGUACCUGCAGCACGUCCUGGCCCCGCACGGACAGCGCGAUGUGCCGGCUCUGCAAGCUGCAGCGCACGUCCUUAGCCACGGUGCCCGGCGGCACCUGCACCUCGAUGAACACCUCUUCCAGGGUCUGAUACCAGCGGCCCCAAGGCGUCCCGCAGGGCACCACCCCGCUCCGCUCCUCGAAAGGAGCCGACAUCAGAACCAGCCGCCCGUCACCUCCGCCUGCUGGGUCCCUCCCACGCCGGGGCGAGCAGUCCGCCCCGCGCAUGCGCAUCACCCCGCGCCUGGGCGAGCAGUCCGCACCACGCAUGCGCGUCACCCCGCGCCGGGAGGGGCGAGCAUUCCGUGCCGCGCAUGCGCAUCGAAUCACGCCGAGCACAGCUCUGGAGUGGCGGUGCGCACGCUCCACACUGCAGGCGUUGAUUGGCUGAGGGGGCCAGCAGCGGGAGGCGGUGAUUGGCUGCGCGCCGCGCGUGGCGGCGGCCGUUGGUCACUUUGAACGCUGAGGGGGCCGCGGCGCGUCGGGUGCAGUUGCUGUCAUGGCUUUCUCCAGGGCGCCGCUCCGGCGCUUCAACGACAGCUCCGAAUGUACCUCACUGCAAAGAUCCUAUGAUGUUAAAUCUUCAGACACACUGAGAAGUUCUCUGUCUUCUGAAACACAUCAACGGGUCAGGAAGCAGAAGAGUGAGACAGAUCUGAGCAGUGAUAAGAGUGCACCUAUCCCUGCAACUGGAAAGAGACUCUCAUCUCUUGGAUCGACACCAGCAAACAGAUCUCUGAAGCCUAAAAAGGAUCUUAUCCUUAUGAAAGAGAAAAAGAAGCAGAAGACACUGGAGAAGGAGAUUCGUGCAUUAGUGAGAGAGCGUGGGGAGCAAGACAAAAAACUUCGCACUCUGGAUGAGGAUUUUGCUAAGACUGAAGCAAAGCUGAGUGCUGCAGUUCAGGAGAAAACAUCUCUUUUGGCAAAUGUUGCAUGCCUUAAAAAACAGCUUCUGGAACUAACAAGAACCAAUGAACUACUGAAGUCAAAGCUGUCUGAAGAUGGAGUGCAGAAGAAAAUGAGCAGCCUAUGCAUGGAGUUAAUGAAGCUCAGAAACAAGAGGGAUGCCAAGGAAAAGAGUGCACUUGCAAAGCAAGAAGACAUGGAAAUGAAGCUGCAGGAAGCACAAAGAAAUCUAGAGUAUUCAAAAGGAAAAGUAGCACAGUUAGAAGAAAAACUGUCAGCUACUGAGAGAGAGAAAGUUGAAGACAAGUCUGACACUGAAAAACUCUUGGAGUAUAUCACAGAGCUCAGUAAUGUUGCAGAAACAGUGGAGAAAUACAAAGUAGAUGUUGCCCAGAUGGAAGAGAUGCUGGUGAAGAAAGACAAAGAUAUUGGGAACCUGAGGGAUGCCCUCAAAACGAAAGAGGAAGAAUCGCUUAAACUGAUAAAAGAACAUAAUGAAAGGUGUCAAUUGCUUCAACAAGAAAAAGAGAAAGAGUUGACUGAGACCAGAGGAAAAAUGAACAUGGAAAUAGAAGACCUAAAAAAGAAAAUUAGCUUAGAAGAACAAGAACACCAAAAACUGCUUCAGAAACAUGAGGAGAUAAUCUAUCAGUUGCAGCAAGAGAAGGAGUCAUCUGCAUCAAUGCACCGGAGGUUACAAGAAUUUCAAGAUGAGGUAACAAGUGAGAGGCACCUUCUUGAAGAAGAGCUGAAUGAUACAAUGAAUGAGCUGAAUAAAUUACAUGCUAAGGAGAAGCAAGCUGAAAGGAUGGUCAAGCGCUUGGAAGAAGAAAUCAAAUCUCAAGCUCUUGAACUUGCACAGGUGGAAGCGAAGCUGAAAGGGAAGAGUACUGAGCUGGAAAAAGUCAAUGAAAUCCACAGCAACGCUGUUCUGCACAUUCAAGAAGAGCAUAGCAAUACGCUGUGCAAACUUGGGAAGACUGUUGCUGAGUUUGAAAGCUACAAGAAGACAGCAGCUGAAGAAAUGUGCAGUCUUCAACUGGAGAACACCUCUCUGAAAGAAGAAGUUGCCAACCUAAAAAAAAUAGGCCAAGAUAAUCUACAGCUUCUUCAGGAAGCAGAAUACACUAAAAACAAAGCAAAAGAAGAAUGUGCAAGGAUGCUCUUAGAAGUCCAGACCAAGCUUGCACUGAAAGAAACAGAAAUGGAGAAAACAAAGGAGUCUUGCUUUGCUCAAAUGACAAAACUUCAGGAAAAACUGGAGGAGCAAACUGAAGAUCUGAAAAGAGAACUCGAAGUGGAAAGAUCAAGGAAAACCAUAAAUGAAGAUGUGACCUCUGGUUUAAAAGAAGAGAUAAAAACCUGGCGUAAACUAUAUGAAGAUUUACAUAACAAAGUGAAGCCUUUUCAGCAACAACUGGAUGCGUUUGAGGCAGAGAAGAAUGCACUCCUAAAUGAACAUGGUGCAGCCCAAGAAGAACUGAAUAAACUAAGUGAUGCAUAUGCUAAACUACUUGGCCACCAGAACCAGAAGCAAAAAAUCAAGCAUGUUAUAAAGCUGAAGGAAGAGAAUACCCACCUGAAGCAGGAUGUCUCAAAGCUGCGUGCAUUGCUAGCAAAAGAAAAGCAAACCACCAGAGAUCUUCAGGAGCAGCUACGUGAAAUUCAGGGCAUUAGGCGUUUUGAUCCUUCUAAAGCUUUCCAGCAUGACAGCAAGGAAAACAUUCUUCAGAAGACUCCUCUUAAAGAAGAAACAAAAUUAAUCUCUUCUGAGUAUCAAGAAGAAGAUCAGAAAUCACCAAUGAAUUUGUGUACUAUAGAUUUCAGUAGACUACUUCAAGGUACUUGGAUGCUGUAUAUAAUACAAAUUAGUAGGAGCACUAGCAAAAUUAUUUUAGAAUUAUGUAUUUUUACAGAAGACUGUGCUUGGUUACAUUCUUACUGAGAAGCCAUAGGUGACUGUGUUCCAGACUCCUGGUAACAUCAUUGCACUCGAACUCUGGAAAGUGUUCAUGGUUUCACUUUUAGCAUGCUGAAGCUGUUCAGAGCAGCCUAAGUUCAGAAAAAGUAAGCACUGAGGAAUAAGUAAGGAUGAUACGGGAGAUUUGAUUUCAUGAAAGAUGCUUUUUGGCAGCUAUUUCAUGUAUACAGUUCCAUGUUAAAUUAAAUUUGCUGUUUAUGGUUGCUUCAAUACCAAAGACAAGAAUGCUGCCAAGAGACCCUCUCCUCUCUGGCCUACAUGAUAGAGAACCAAUGUAGAAAAAGGGACUGUACAGCUAGUUUUUAUGUUCUUAACAGGAUCUAUAUUCAGGACAUGCUAAUUUAAAUCCCAGGGCUGUUGAUCUUCAGAAGAGGAUUUUCAGGUCAAACUCAAAUUGACUGUGCUUACCUAAAUGUUUGCAUACUUUGAAGAUUAGUGUCUUAAGAGAAAUAUCUAUUUAAUUAAGGGUGUGCUUUUACUGGGCUCUUAAAUUGUAAUAUCUUUGUAGCCAGUUGUUGUAAUUGAUCAGUGCUACAUCAAGAAGAAUAACAACAGAACUUGUCUUAAUUGAGCACACUGUACAUAUAUUUGCUGUAUAGAGAAUUUUGGCAUGGUGGAAAGAAUGUGUUCAACUGCAGCUAAAAU